AUGAUAGGUGUCCUCGAGAUAUGUGUUUUUCUGUUUUUCGUCUUGCACAUCUUGAGAAUUUAUUUUUCCGACUGCGAUGCAGUACUACAUUUCUGCGAGAGAUUUGCAAAGCCACCGGAUAAAAGACUACGAGGUAGAGUGAUUUGGAUUACUGGUGCAUCGAGCGGAAUCGGCGAACAUUUACCGUACAAGCUAACUGAAUUUGGCUGCAAACUGGUGCUAUCAGCGAGGAGAAAAGACGAAUUAGACAGAGUGAAAAAUCAGUGCUUGAGUAAGUUUUGCUCCAAGUUAUUUUAGUUCAAACUUCAUUCUACACGAGGUGGGGGAAAGUAGUCGCGUAGGGGGACGGGAGCUUAAGAAUCUUUUUACUUCAAUUAAUUUCUCAAAACAGUUUCAAAAAACUUUCAAACCAAAAUAAGGCGACUCACUUACAUGUCGUUGAAUAUGUUUAUUGUGUUAUGCCUCGAUCUUCAAAACCUCCCGACACAUGUAAAUGAGGUGGACCAAAGUGGCAGGGUAUUCUGCAGUUGAUCCAAAAAAUAAUUGAAGUUCAACUAUAUAUUACAACUAUAUAUAAUAGUCUUUGUUUUCUUGCCACAUAGGCUUGGCAGGAAAGCUUUUUCCAUUAACAUUUGAGGAAGAUUUUCUUGUUGUGCCAUUGGAUAUUACAAAUUUCGCUUCGCACGAAGACUGCGUUACCAAAGCUCUUCAACAGUUUGGCAAGUUCAUGAUCUCUGCUUUGAUGUGUUCUGCUCAUGUACUAUGUAUUCCUAAUUGCAGAUUGAUUUUCUAGUGAAUAAUGCAGGAAUUUUACAGAUGGGUUCAUCAGUGGAUAGUGAUCUUGAUGUAGAUAUUUCAGUCUUGAACACAAAUGUACUAGGGACAAUCUCUCUUACCAAAGCUGUUCUGCCUCACAUGAUUGGAGAAGGAAAUGGUCAAAUUGUUGUAAUAAGUAGUGCCUUUGGGAAAUGUGGUAAGUUUAAUAUCCAACUCAAGAGAGGGGCAAAGAGGAGGGGGGGGGUGGGUUGGAGUAAAAUAAACAUCAUGCUGAAAAUUCUGCAUUACAACAUAAACGUAAUGAAGAAUUAAAUAUAUCAUUCUGAAGGGAGGGAAGGGAGAGAGGGGACUUUUCAUGAGAAAAGAGCAGCCACACAUGCUGAAAAUUUUGCAUUAAAGCAUUAAUGCAGGCUUUACCUUUUCUCAGCCCUCAUACGAUACCACCUUAAGCACAGAUACACAUUUUGAGUCAAGCAUGGGUGGAGUUCAUGGAAAAUUUAUACAUAUUCUUCCUUAUGUACCUAGAUUAUCAACAUGGGUGUUAACUGUCAGCUCAAAUUUGUAAUAUUUCUUAUUGUCAACCAUAUGAUUCUUAUAAUGUUAGUUCAGAGAAUUUAGUAUUGGAUCAAUGAAUUAUCAGCACUUAUCUGGUUGAUAUUGUAUUGAUAUUGUAAGGAGAAAUUCUGUCUUGGUCACUUAUGGGAGUUAAAGGGUUAAAUUUUAACAUAAAAGCUGAAAGAUUGCAUGUGUUUAUCCAGAAAAGUGAAUUCCCUGAGUAAGCAAAACAAAAUUUAAGGAUUUGCACUCCAAAGGGAAACAGAAAAUUUUGUAGUCCUACGAGAAUAUCUCUGCAAGCAAAAAUUUUUUAUUGAAGAACAGAGAACACGUAGCACAUGUAACUUUGUUUGACACAUGGCUAAGAUCACUUUUUACUUUUGGGCUUUGAGGUCCCUUUUGACUCAGUUUGUGUUUUAUGUAGUUGACAGUUGUUUUAAGCCAUCCCAUUUUACUGGAAAAUAAUUCCCUGAACCUGUCAUUUGUUGAGUAGAGAAAUCAUGAAUAUCUAAUGAACUUCAUCUUCCCUGUAUGCACUACAUGUAUAAGUUGCAGGCCAAGCCUUUCACCCUUUUAAGUAUAAGAUACAUGCCAUUUCUAGCAUGUUAUAUUAUUUGCACAAGGUACUAUCAUGGUAACACAUUUUUCUUUUUAUAUUUGAUGAAUGCCUCAAGACAAGCAUGAUAUUAAUUAGCUGGUAUUCAUUUUGCAGUAGCAGGACCAAAUACACUAAAGCAUUACAGGCAGGUAUUGUGUCCACUUUUCAUGACUUCUUAAAGAAAUAUUUAAUAUGUCUUUGGACAUAUUCUGAUCAAGUUUGGCUACUCAUAGACUUGGGCUGAUAUGAGCAAGUUCUUAAUGAAACUCGAAGCACGCUGAGUUUGAAUCAUUCCUAUCUUCUGUUCAGUACAAAAAAUAAAUAAAUAAAUAAAAAGGUUGGAAGGUCAACCAUGUAAUAAGAAUUACACUUGGGACAAACUAACAAGUUUUUCGAGGACUUCUGGAAAGUGAAUGAAGUGAUUAACAUGAAACUUCCAUGAAAAGAAUGUUGGUGUCACAAUGAUAUGCCCUGGCCUAGUGUAUUCAAACAUUUUAAAAAAUGCAUAUCGAGAGAAUAUUGAGGUAUGUUAAUGAAAUCCACCUUUCAUGCUAUUAUUUACUAUAUAAAAUAAAAGCAUGGUUGAACCAAAUCAAGGGGAAAUGUUGUUUUAAUACACACAUUUAAAAUCUCCUUCAUAGCUGACUCAUUCCUUCCCCCCCUCCUUUAGAUGCAACCAAUCAGAUGCAAAACUUAAAUCAAUCCCAACUUGGUAACUUGCACUUUCCCACACUUCAAGGAGAUUGCUUGUGUUACUCUGAGUUCUCAUUGGGUAAUGGUGAUGUUAACCCAUUAAGCCCCAAUAGUGACCAGCAUCUAAUUUCUCCCAACAAUAUUACUACCUGAUCAAAUGUAUAGAUCAUGAGAAUAAAUGAAAUGAUCACCAAAGAUGAAUUGUCUUGAUGUUUGAACAAAUUCUCUCAAUCAGUAAAAUAAGAAACAUACAGAGAACAGUGACAGGAAUAUACAUGUUGAUAUGGGAUCUUAAUUAAAGGGUUAACCUGUGUUCUGAUUGGUUGUUGUGAUUCAUUUGGUUUUGGUGAGAUACUCAGUUGAAAAACUCUAGCAAAAGAUGAUUAAGCUAAGACAUCAAAUCUUCUAAGUUUUCUUUAUUCCAUAGGACAUCUCAGGAAAUCUCUCUCUUGCACAAUUGUUUGACUUAAAAAAAACUUUUUGUUCACUUUACAGACUCGCACGGAUCAAGUCUUUCCUGUGACAACCAUCAAAACUGAACGAUGCGUGCAUCUUACUAUUAUUGCCAUGGCAAAUGCUUUGAAUGAAGUGUGGAUUGCUAUUCCAAAACGAAUGAUAGAAUUGUAUCUUUCACAGUAUCUACCACUUGUCAGGAACUGGUAA